ACACGGCAUAAUUUCUUACACCGCAAUUCCAGGCUUUCCCUCGCAGCAUCUGAUUAGGUUCUCACUUUACUCUUUAUUAUUCAAACCCUUGCUUCUCAUUUUCCCUUCAUCCGUUCUUUCUUCUUCUUCCAUUUCCAUUCUUCUUCCAAUCGAAGAACGAUAAUCCAUGGCUCGAUUUGCGAUUCUCUUUGCUCUCAUUAUGCUUCCUGCACUCGCCGUCGCAAACCGGCCCGUUAGAACUCCGUUCCUUGUUCGUGGUAAAGUGUUCUGUGAUACUUGCGUUGCCGGCUUCGAAACUUCCGCCACCACCUACAUUCCCGGUGCUAAGGUCGGAAUUGAAUGCAAAGACAGGAACACAAUGGAACUUCUAUACAAGCAUGAGGCCACAACAGACUCCACUGGUUCUUACUCACUCUUAGUCAAUGAAGACCACGAGGACCAAGUUUGUGAUGCCGUACUAAUCAGCAGCCCUCAGAAGGAUUGUUCAUUAGCAGCUGAAGGCCGUGACCGUGCCCGUGUAAUCCUCACCCGCUACAACGGUAUGGCCUCAAACGAACGUUAUGUCAAUGCCAUGGGUUUUGCCAGAUAUGAACCUAUGUCUGGCUGCAACCAAGUCCUCAGUCAGUACCAGGACAUCGAAGAUUAGAACGGGUUUUAAUCCUACAAUCGCUUAGUUGUAUUUCUUGAGGUAUAUUUGCCCUGUUCUGUUCAUGCUAGUGUUGCCCCACAUACUCUUUUAUCUGGACAUUGAAUGGUGUUUGUUAUUGCAUUCUUAAAGAUGAUUAAUAUGUUAUGUUCAUUCACUUCA